AUUGCCUCCCCUUGGCGCAAGGAGGAUCAAUAGCGGAAUAUCUGGAAUGUGGAGAAACUGCCGGACACCAGCCAAUGGAGGAGCCACUCCGCUGACGGAAUCAAACAGCCAUCAGUGCUCGCCCCUGUCACCAGACCUGUCCGCCAUUCUGGCCGUUUCCUUGCAGGAACAAAGUCAACUCGGAAGGUGGCUACAGGCGCCAUGGGUGUCGUUCGAUUGGCAGACAGUGCAGGGGAGACAAUCACUUUGCUGGACGUGGACGGCGAUUAUUUCCCCCCUGACCUCGACGCGGGGGUCAUCCAGGGGUUGAAAACCUUCAACUUCCGUCCCGAUGAUGUUAUUGUUUGUUCUUAUCCCAAGACUGGUUGUCACUGGAUAUGGGAGGUAACUCGGAUGCUCCUUUCUGGUUCCACGGACGUCGACGAGACGGAGAAGGAGCUGAUGAUGAUGGAGUGGCAGACGCAGCAAUACUUCGAUUCCAAGCCCGCACCCCGGGUGCUGAACACUCACGCCUUGCCACGUCAGCUCAACGCGGACCUGCUGCGCAUGCGCGCCAAGAUCGUCUUCAUCCUGCGCAACCCCAAGGACGUGGCCGUGUCCUUCUACCACCAUCACCUCAAGCUGCCGGAGUACGAGUACCGGGGUAGCUGGGCCGCCUACCUCCACCUCUUCCUCACCGGCAACGUUGACUACGGAUCUGUGUUCGAGUACAUGAAGGACUGGGAGGCAUUCAUCCACCAACACCCAGACUACCCGCUCAUUGUUAUCACCUACGAGGACUUAAAAGAGGAUCCCGUUAGAGAACUUUCUCGGCUCUCGCAGUUCCUCGACAAAAACCACAACCGCGACUUUGUGGAGCGUGUCGCCGACUCCUGCAGCUUCUUGCGAAUGAAAGAAAGAAAGGGACACAACUGGCUGACCAACGGCGGCGACACCAUCUUCUACCGCAAAGGUGAGGUGGGCGAUUGGCGCAACUGGUUCACCGUGACCCAGAACCUGACCUUUGACGCCGCGUGUCGGGACAAGAUGGCCGGCUCAUGCUUCAAGCUGCGGGAGACUUUGCAGUGACUGUCGUGCCCACCUGUAUCCACCUGUCCUCAGGAGGCUGAACAUCAUCUUGUCGCCUCCAGUGGAUAAAAUGACCAGUCUGAUUCUCACCUUCAAGGUUCACGUGACAGGUGGUCGCAGACUGUAAUUGAAGCUUAAAGUGGACAAGGUGGACAUCGGUUGAACUGUUGACCUUUUCCGCGGACUGCGUACAGGUCAACAUGUGCUGCUUACACUUCCGGAAAAGUUGGCUUGAAAAGGAAUGUUUGACAGUAGAUAUAGGUAUUAGGUACACUAACAGAGUAGACACUAACAGCUGUACACGUGUUAGGAUCGCAGUACCAGAAGUUUCUAGAAUAUUCCUUAGUCUUGGAGUGUUGCUAUACUGACAGUGGGGAUGACAUCAGAUGGGGGCAGAGACGGUGUGGAUCAGCCGUUUAUGGUUGGAAUAACCGAGGUGUAGUACAUAUCCGCCAUCAGACGAAGUCCCCGUCGUCUGCUAGUACACUGGGCAACGGACCUGUCGUUAAUAUUCCGUUACAGAAGCCCUCCGACAUGUUUGAUUCAACGUCUCCCGACAUAAAAGCAGACAAGCAUGGGUGUCUAGAGACCAAUCUUUGUUCUUUUGUCUGAAGAACAGAAAAACGAGCGGCAGCAGGCAGCCUCAGUCUGCCCAUAACGGUCGUCAGCAAAGGGAGAGCAAAACGCUAGGAUGCUCUUGUAGUCGGUCGCUAGAGUUCCCUCCCCUGCUUUAUCCUCCCGCAACUGUGCACGUGACGCACGGCGAGGUCUUCACACGCAGUAUUGCAAGCCAAUAUAGGUGUAUAGUCUACAGUAUUCCCCAUAGUACAGUGUUUGUACUCAGAUAAACAGCUCUAUUCUCCAUAGUACACUGUGUAUACUGCUCAGACAAGUUGUAUUAUACAGGAUAUUGCAGUAUUAAAGUUGAAUUAUACAGUAUUCAUCGCCAGUACAGAUAGUCUCAUUAUUCCCACAGUAUAGUCUGUGUACUGCUCAGACAAGUUGUAUUAUACAGUGUAUUGCAGUAUUAAAGUUGCAUUAUACAGUAUAGCCUCAUACCACAUGUUUAUUACCCAUAGUAUAGUGUGUGUACUACAGACAAGCUGUAUUAAACAGUUCUGGAAGUCAAUAAAGUUGUCUAGUGUC